AUGCUAGGUCUCUUGAAAACUCUGGACUCCAUUAGGAGAAAUGAGACAAGUCCUGAUGAUCUAGUCUCCAUUUUGAAAAACGCAGGGGUUGCCUUACCCCAAGAUGUGAUUGAGGCAGCACUGAAGAACGUGGCACCCAGGGAGGAUGGGACAUUAGAUUUAGAAGAGUUUCUGAAGCAUUUGAUCAAGUCACAGCUUUCAUCUGCCUCUGAAAGCGAAAAGAUUGAUACUAGCCCUGUGGAUGAGGUUUCAAACAACAUGGACAUAGGACUCACCGACGAGUUGGAGCAGAUUCUGUUUGAACACCUGCCAGCUCCUGAUGGUGGAUCAGUGGACAUGGAAACAUUGGUGGGGGAUAUGAAGAUGCUCAAAGAAAAAAUUGAUAUUGCUAAUCUGAACACCUUCCUGGAUGAUAUGGGCAUUGAGCUUUCGAGUGAAGAAUAUGAUGACCUCAUAAGCCAUCUCCCUGUCAGUGCUGAUAGAAAGAUAAGUCAGCUUAAUCUGAUGAAUACCAUCAAGAAUCUUAAAAGAGGAAAAGUUGACACCACAAAAUUAGUCAAUGCCCUGGAGAAGAUUGGAGUGGAACUCACACAUAAAGAAUUUCAGGAUCUGCAAGAACAUCUGCCAGUUGACACUGAUGGGAAGGUAGCUCUAAAUGCACUUCUGGAUAAAGUUGAUCUUCUUAAAAAAGAGGAGGGGAAGCUGGAUGUCAGUGACCUUGACAACAUUUUGGAGAAAAUGGGAAUAGGCUUCUCUGAAAAACCAUCUGAGAGUUGUCAAGUUCACCUUAGCAUACCACUGGGUGAAGUCCCACACAUCUCAGUUCAGCUUAGCAAACCACUGGGUGAAGUCCCACACGUCUCAGCUCAGCUUAGCAAACCACUGGGUGAAGUCCCACACGUCUCAGGGGAAAAAAUAGACAUCAGGGACUUGGACACCAUGCUCCAGAAAAUGGAUAUUGACCUCACCAAAGAGAAAGUGGAAGAGCUGAAAAGAAGCCUCCCAGUUGAUGCUCAGGGGAAGACUGAUUUUGACUCACUGGUGAAUAUACUGCAAGUUGCCUCAGGGAUGCAGGUGGAUGUCCGUGAUCUUGACAGUCUACUUGGAAACAUGGCUUUCAAAUUAACACCUGAGAAAUCAACCUCAAAGUCUCCAGUUUAUGGAAGAGAUGAUGGUGUCAACAUGAAAAAAAUUUCUAAACACAAGGAAAUAGAACCUAAAAUUCAGAAAUCCUCAGAAUGGGUGAAUGACCCGCUGAUUGAAGGAGGAAAAAUUGAUAUGCGCAGUUUGGACAACAUUCUGGGGAAGAUGAAGACUGAACUCUCAAAGAAAGAAUUCAAGAGAUCGACAGACAGCCUUAAGGCAAAAGAAAAGACUGAUGUCAGCGAAUUAGUGGAUAUGAUAAAAGCUGAAAAAGAAGGAGAACCGAUUGGUGUUACUCAGAUAAGAAGCAUCCUGCACUUAAGGGACCUAUCUAGAGAAAGCAUGGAUCUAACAAAUAAUUCUGUUGAUGAUAUUCGAGAAUUCUACCAAAAGAAAUUGGCUGAUAGUGUGGAAGCCAUUGAAGGAGAUGAUACUGAUGUUAGUAAACUGGAGUCUGUUUUGCAAAAUUUGGACAUGAAACUUACAGAAAAUCAAAUGAGGGACCUAAAGGAAAAUCUGCAGGUUGAUGAUAAUGGAAAGACUUCGUUCAGAAAUUUGUUGGAUACUGUCACAUCGGUUGUAGCAAAAGAUUUAGGUAUUGAAGACGUGGAAAGUGUUCCAGAAGAUGUGGAGUUAGAACACAGGGAUCAAGAUAAACUACAACGAAUGAAAAGUCAGCUAGUUGACGAAUGGAUUCCUGAUUCCAAAAGUAUGGAUACUCUUAUACAAAGUGUGGGAGUCAACCUUGCAGAACAGGAAAUUAAUAACCUACUACAAAAUCUGCCAGUUGGUGUUCAGGGGGAAGUGGAAACAGACACGUUUGUGGGUAAAGCAAAAUCUUUUACAGGAAAAAAGAUUCAUAGCAAUGACAUGAAGAAAGUUCUGGAAGACAUGGGGAUUGAUGUCACAGAUAAAGACCUCAAAAGCCUGCAGAAUUUGCUGCCGUUUGAUGGAGGAGAAGUUAAGCUUGAUAAUGUGGACGCUGUCUUGAAAAACCUUGGAGUGAAGCUCACACCAAAGGAGCAAAAAAGAUUAAUGGAGAAUCUGCCAUCUCAUGAUGAGAGUUUUAAUGGAAAAAUUCCAUUCAAUCAACUGAUAGAUGCAGUGACGAAAGUUACAGGAGGAGAAGUUAAUGUCGAAGACAUAAAAAACACUCUGGAAAAAAUGGGACUAGAGCUCUCAGAUGAGGAGUUCUCCCAAGUAGAGAGCAAGCUUCCAGUUAAUGCCAAUGGCAAAGUGUACCUGAACAGGUUGCUGGAGGGUGUGCUUGCCUCUAAAAAUAGGAAUGUGGAUGUUGCUAACGUUGACACAAUUUUACAAAACAUGGGCAUGGAUCUCACGGAAAUGGAGAAAGAAGAUUUGAUAGGGAAACUGCCUGUUGAUGAUAAUGAGAAGGUUGAAUUGAGAAAGUUACUAAAUUUGUUGAAAGCUUAUACUGUUGAAGGUGAUUUUUGCAGUGUACUACUUGAAGUUGAAGAUGAGGUGGUAGAGAUGAGGUUCUCAUGA